AUUCUGCUAAUGUUCGAAGAACAAAACUGCUAAAAAAGUAUAUAUAUGUAUUUCAUAGAUAUGGCAAAAUAGCUAUUUUCUAGUCACAAGAGGGCGCUGUAGUUUGACAACUUUCCACACGUGAAUUAUUUUAGGUUAUGUUUACUAUCAGAUCAGCGUGCUGGGAUCUUGGUGCUGGGUGAAAAUGUCCUAAAACAGUUAUUAUCGAAAAGUUUUAACUAAAAUAAAAUAUGGGCUUGACGAAAGAAUAUUUACGGUAUGUCCCUGCUGGAAAUUUCAAUAUCAUUGCCAGUCAAGGUUGUAAUGUAGUGUUUGUUACAUUAGAAGGGCAAGAAGGCAGAUAUGUCGCUGUUGGAGCUUGCGAGCACAUUAUUAUUUGGGAUUUACGUCUAGGUGAAAAGGCUCAGGUUUUAACUGGUGAGAAAGCAGUCGUAACAUCCAUUUGUGCAAGUCCAAAUAAAAGGCAUCUUGCAGCAGGAUACUCGGAUGGUAGUGUGAAAGUAUAUGACUUAAAAUCAGGAGAUGUUCUCAACAUAUUCCAGGGUCACAAAUCAGAAGUUACAGCUUUAGGUUAUGAUAGUUAUGGACAUAAACUGGCAUCUGGUGCAAAAGAUACAGAUGUAGUUGUCUGGGAUACUGUUGCUGAGGCUGGUCUAUGUAGGUUAUCUGGUCACAAUGGAGUUAUCACACAACUUCAGUUUAUGUCUCAAAAGCCAGUUCUUAUAUCAUCAUCAAAAGAUACAUUAAUAAAGUUCUGGGACCUGGAAACAAACCACUGCUUCAAGACUCUCACUGGCCACUUAACUGAGGUAUGGUCGAUAGCUCUAGUAAAAAAUGAUCAAUAUUUGGUAACUGGUUGUGGAGAUGGUGAGCUAAGAGUAUUCAAGAUAUAUGACAAGGAGGAAGAAGCAAAAAAUACCCUUGAACACAUAACAGCUACCCUAGAAUUAAUCAACAUGGAAGAGGAUAUUGAAGGAACACAUCCCUUACAAACUUUAAAAGUAGGCAGUUUGUUAAGAGGUGGCAGAGGCAGAGUCAUAUCUAUGUUUUGUGAUGCCAGUGGACAAAUAAUUGGAUGCCAUGGUACAGAUAUGCAAAUAGAAUUGUUUCACUUCUUGAGCGAUGAAGAGGCUAAAGCAAGAAUGAAGAAAAGGAUAAAGAAACAAAAAAAGAAAGAAACAACCGAAGAACCGAUGGAUACCAGCGACCCUGCUGACCGUCAACUAGGUCUAAAAGACGAAGUCCGUCGUCUAACUCCCAUCAAACUGAACACCAAACCUAAAUCUCUCCACCUUGUUCUGGGGAACGGAGGAGAGCUCCGGGUUGCCAUCACUUUGUCCAACAAUAGUCUAGAGCUACAUACUCUCAGAUCUACAGUAAAGGAUGCGAUACCAGUCUGCCUGAGGACCAUCGCCAGUCAGGGACAUCAUAGUGAAGUCAGAGCCGUAUGUUUCAGUAGCGAUAACUUAGCCAUUGCUUCAGGAAGCGGUGAGGCCGUCAAGUUGUGGAAUAGGUCAUCGCAGGCGUGUCUUAGAACUGUGGAGACUGGAUAUGUGGUAUCAAUAAGUUUUGUGCCGGGAGAUAGACAUCUUUUAGCGGGUCUCAAAGACGGUAAAUUGCUAAUCAUUGACAUAUCGGUUGGAGACAUUCUAGAGGAGAUUCCAGCACAUGAUGGGGAGCUGUGGUCUAUCUGUUUGACACCUGAUUUGAGGGUUUGUGCAACUGGAGGUGGUGACAAAACAGUGAAGUUUUGGCAGUUCGAGCUUAUAGUUGACGAAAAAAGAGAAACAAAAGCAAAAGUUCUAUCUCUUCUGCACACAAGGACCUUACAGCUGGAAGACAGUGUCUUAUGCGUGAAAAUCUCACCUAACAGCAAGUUUGUAGCUGUAGCUCUACUUGAUACUACUGUCAAGAUAUUCUUCAUGGAUACUUUUAAGUUUUAUCUGUCGCUCUAUGGUCACAAACUGCCGAUACUGUGCAUGGACAUCUCUGCAGACUCAAAAAUCAUCGCUACAGGAUCCGCUGACAGAAACGUGAAAAUCUGGGGCAUGGAUUUCGGCGAUUGUCAUAAAAGCAUUUUUGCUCACGACGAUUCGGUGACAGGUUUACAAUUUGUGGGUAAGACACACUACUUCUUCACAUGUGGCAAGGAUGGCAAAGUUAAGGAGUGGGAUGGCGACAGUUUCGAUAAGAUCAUAACCUUGCAGGGCCAUCACGGCGAAGCUUGGUCGUUAGCAGUGAGCCCUAAUGGCAAUUACGUGGUCUCUAGCGGUCACGAUAGAGUGCUAAGGCUUUACGAAAAGUCUGACCAACCCCUAGUAUUGGAAGAUGAACAAGAGGAAGAAAGGGAACAACAAGAGCUAGCGACUGGCGAGCAAACCUUCGUCCCAGGUCAUGUCGACUUGAAGUUACCUUCAAAAAAGACGAUCGGCAGCGAAGUAGCCGCUGAGAGUAUUUUGGAAUGUCUGGAGGUGUGCGAGAAAUACAAGGAGCAGCUGGCGGAACAUGAAGCUUUGCAAGCUGCGUCGUCGCAGACAUUGCCGAAACCUGCACCCCCGCCGUUAAUGGUUGCCUUUAGUGUAAAUACCGCUGAAGAUUUCUUGUUGGAGUCGUUGAAGAGGAUCAGGUCGAGUGAUCUGGAAGAAGCGUUAUUACUCCUACCGUUUUCUUCAGUAUGUGAGGUCUUGCACAGCCUCUCACCUUUAAUGGCAAGAGGUGAUAACAUAGAAUUGCUUCUGAGAGUACUAAUGUUUUUGUUAAAGUUGCACCAUAAGCCUUUGGUGUCCAGUCACAAUACGUUGCACAUAUUACAAAAAUUGAAAAAGUUGGCCACAGAACGUAUAAAAGAGCUUAGGGAUUUAGUCGGUUACAAUUACUAUGGUAUGUUAUUCCUGCAAAGAGAAGUUGAAGCUGCAGAGGGUGUACAAUUAUUUAGGGAUGCUACAAGAGAAAGGACAAAAUAUGAAAAGCAAAGAAAACAAAGGGAGAAAUUAAAACGAUCAAUAAUAGCACUCUCAACAUGAACUGUUAAGAACAAUAAAAAUAUUUUUAUACUUCAGUAAUUUAGAG